CUACUAGAUCAGAUUGCAAAAGAUUGAUAGAGAGAGCUGUUCAGAGACACAAGACAGUUUUUUUUUAAUUGCAAAGGACAAAGUUGUUGGAAAAUAAAAGCUUGAACGUGAGAAGAACAACGGAGGAAAAAGCCAGAAAAGAUGGAGAUACUUCAGCCUAAAUCUUUGCUGGGAAUGCUCUAAUUAUAAAAGCUCUACACCUGUUUGCAAGCUUGACACCAACAGAGUAGCGGCAGCACGGCCUUUCGGUUCUGAUGGGAUUUGUCUGGAUCUGAACCGCAUUUCAUCUAUGCUGAAAACAAAAACUCCAGAGGAAAAAGGGAGAUCUAGCAAGGAUGAAGAAAUUCAGAGGACUGCGCCUUGAUCUGAAGAAGAUGGAGAGGGUUACUUCUGGACUCGAGUAACACACAAAGGAGUAGCUGCAGUGACCAAGGCAAAAAAUGUCUCAGUUUGGUUAACAAAAGGACACAGAAAACACCACCGUAUAGCUAUCCAGGCUGGAUCACGACCGGUGGAGGGACUGGAUUCAUGCACAGAGCUCCCACUCGACUCCCUAAAUGACUCACUAAAAAGCUGCCUAUCUGGUGAUCAAGCUGUGAGGGGGCCUUGAUCACACACCAGGACUCUGGGCCUGCCCAUCUGCUCAGACUCUGCAGCUGGAGGCCAACUCAAGAGCAUGAGCGUGGGAAGGAUCAAUCGCUACAGCAUUGUAUCAUCUGAAGAAGAGGGCCUCCGCCUCACUACCAUGCAUGGCAUGAACGGCUUUGGCAAUGGCAAGAUCCACACACGCCGCAAGUGCCGCAACCGUUUUGUGAAAAAGAAUGGCCAGUGCAAUGUGCAGUUUUCUAACAUGGAUGAAAAGUCACAGCGCUACAUGGCUGACAUCUUCACCACAUGUGUCGAUAUUCGCUGGCGAUGGAUGCUGGUGGUAUUCACCCUUGUGUUCGUCAUCUCAUGGCUGGUCUUUGGCCUAGCCUUUUGGGUGAUUGCGCUGCUUCACGGAGAUCUGGACAACCCUGCUGGAGAUGAUAACUUCACUCCCUGUGUACUACAGGUCAAUGGAUUUGUGGCUGCCUUUCUCUUCUCCAUUGAAACACAGUCUACCAUCGGUUAUGGCUAUCGUUGUGUGACGGAGGAGUGCCCUGUGGCUGUCUUUAUGGUGGUCUUUCAGUCCAUAGUAGGUUGCAUCAUUGACUGUUUCAUGAUAGGUGCGAUCAUGGCUAAAAUGGCGAGGCCUAAGAAGCGAGCUCAAACGCUUUUGUUUAGCCACAAUGCCGUCAUUGCCAUGCGGGACGGGAAACUGUGUCUCAUGUGGAGAGUUGGAAAUCUUCGCAAGAGCCACAUUGUGGAAGCUCACGUCAGAGCACAACUCAUCAAACCUCGAAUAACCGAUGAGGGGGAAUACAUUCCUCUGGAUCAGAUAGACAUUAAUGUAGGAUUUGACAAAGGACUGGACAGAAUCUUCCUGGUUUCACCCAUCACAAUUCUCCAUGAGAUUGACGAGGAGAGCCCUCUUUUUGGGAUCAGCAAGCAGGACUUGGAGACGGCAGACUUUGAGAUUGUUGUCAUCCUGGAAGGCAUGGUAGAAGCAACGGCUAUGACAACGCAGGCUCGAAGCUCAUACCUGGCUUCUGAGAUCUUCUGGGGUCACAGGUUUGAGCCGGUCUUGUUUGAAGAGAAAAACGUGUACAAGGUGGAUUAUUCCCACUUUCAUAAAACCUACGAGGUGCCGUCCACUCCACGCUGUAGUGCCAAGGACAUGGUGGAGAACAAGUUCCUAGUACCCAACUCAAAUACAUUCUGCUAUGAAAAUGAGCUGGCUUUCUUGAAUCGUGAUGAUGACGAGGAAGAAGAGGACAUGGGUGGCGUGAGCAGGCCACUGGCAAAUCCCAGUCCAGACCGGAGCAGCCGACAUGAGCUGGAACGCCUACAGGCAACCAGGGCACUGGAUCAAAGGUCAUAUCGCAGAGAGUCAGAAAUAUGACCCCUAAAAAAUUGAUUUAGAUGUAAUAACUUUAUCUGGGAGGUAAAAAUGCAGAACAAUGCAAAGUGCCAUAGGAUGACCACUGAAAAAGAGAGGAGGUAAAUACAGAACAACAAAAAACAGACAUGUGGAAUAAAUGGCGUGCACAGCUUUGAAAAACAUUUAGGAAUGUCUAGAAUCAAGGAAAAGGCCAGAUAAAGACCUUCUUCCUCUAUAGAAACUUGAAUUUUUUUCACAUGGUCAUUUUGAGUUAGGAGUGUUCAAGCUAAUUCAUCAACCUCUUUAACGACGUUUUGUUUAAACUUUAGGUGUAAAUACAUUUCUUAGAAAAGCUAUGUUUGUGUGCUGUAUCAGUUUUAAAAAAAAGAAGCUGUUCUUACCUUGAUUUGCUGUAAAUUUCUGGACCAGCACUCAGCAGCACUUUGAGAAUCCAUGCACUGCAGCAGUCAAGGACAAUGAGACGGGACAAAACGUUUGACCACCGAGGAAAAAUCGCAACUCAACAACAGACUUUUUUGAGCACGACAGGAUCCUAAAUACUAAAAUAAACAGUGAGAAAGCAGAAAAAAAUUGCCUCAAAAGUGAAAAGGAAUGUAACGAACAGAUGCAAUGAGAGUGUGUGAAAGCUCUAUUUAUGACCACUUAAUGCCUCUUAAAAGCCAUUAAUCACAUGGCUAAGCUGCUGACAGAUAUUUCAUGCAAGGAUUUAAAAAAAAAAAGCACAAUUGAUGGACAAUAAUUACAAUGAUUCAGAUAAAUGUUCACAUUUAUUCCAACAAAGUUGAUUCAUUAGUUGCAAUUUUGUUCUUACAAUAAAAGGCACCUUACAAAUAGAAAUAUGCCUUAAAAAGGCAACUAUCAAACUAGUUAUAAGAUAUGUAUUCUGGCAGCCUUGAGCUCUUUUUAUACAAAAGCAAGACAAAAUUACAAAAAAAUGAAAAUAGUGUAUUUUAUUAGGAAAAGAAAUCUAUGCAUUGUAACAAUAACAGGAGGUUUUUAGUGAUGAUGUAAUGCAGUCAUAUACAAUCACAAUUUGGAGCCUAAAAACAAACAAAUUCUUAAUUUCAAAAGUACAACUUUAGGAUUGCACAUUUUUAAAGUAUCUUAAUGAUGAUGACCAUUUCUAUCUAUUAAAAAACACAAACUCUAACUAAAGAAGCCCUAUGAAAUAUAAAAAAAUAAGCAGUUAGCCACACAGAUCUCAUCUUUGACAUUGAUUCUUAAAAUCCGAUUUAACUUACAUUAGCAGUUAAAACGUUUUUUUCUACUGUUACAGAGGAUUUUAUGUCGCUAAGCUUUAUGGGAAACCUCUCAAACUUCCUGACAUGAUAUUUUGCAAGAAUUUUUAACCAAACAGUGACACUUUCUUAACGGGUACACAAAGGAUUGCCCACAAUUUAAUUAUGGGCUAUUCAAAAAUAGGAUUUAUUUUAACCAAAAUGUGUGAAUAUUUCUACAUUUGGUACCGCAAUUGAUGACUUGUUUGGUUACUAAAUAAACUAAAUUAUACAUUUUCAGUUUUCUUUUGUACUUUUAACUACUCCAGCGUUUCUGAUACCUUGAGCAUGAAGGACUAAGGAGGAACAGGAAAUGAAUGAUUUUUCUCAACAAUAAAAAAUGACUGAUAAUAGAUAAAAAAAGACAAGUAUUUAAAUUCCAAAAGAACUUUAGUUUACAUUUUAUAUAUUUGUUUAACUUUUUUUUUCAAAUCAAGUUAUUAUACAAAUUAUUGCAAAUUUCUCUUAAGGUGGGGCAGCUUAGUUUGAUACUUGCCUGUAGUUAAGUUAUAGAAAAGUACAUAAAUUGUGCUUUGUAGAGACCAAAAGCGUUGUGCAUGUAAACCUUUCAAAAACAAGCAAAAAUGUACUUUUUAAAACUGUUUAACUAAAAAAGAAGGAAAAAAAAUCACCAAAUACAAUCUUCUUUAACAACAUGCUAAUAGAGGAAUCAGUGGAUUUAGGUCAGAACAAAAGCAAUAAACACAAACCGUACUUUGAUAAAAGUAUUUUUAUGAAAAUAUUUUACAAACCAUACAAAUUUAGAAACCCAAAGAGAUUUCUGUAAAAUAACGGUAGAAUAGCUACAUUCUUUGUUGUUCUGUUCUUGAUGUUUAAAGCUUCCAUUGUGCAUUUAUUUUUUCAUCUUUUAUACCAAAGUAAUGGAGUUCAGCUCAGAUUAAGCUGAUCAUUCCCACUAUAAUCUUCCUAAACCAGUUUAGAGUGAGUUUAGAUUAUUGAUCCUCAAUAGCGGCAAACCGCUGCUGAACUGAGAGAUAAAGAUGAAUAAGGUUUUAUUUAACCUUUUAAAAACUAUUAGCAAUUAUUCUGAAAACAAAGACGUAUGAAUAUUCUCUUCCUUUUUUUAAUUUCCUAUGGCACAAACAACAAAAAGAUUAAAAUGCUCAGACCUCAACAUGUUCAAAUUAUGUGUUUCAUCAUUUCAAGUUUAUCUAACACUUCACUAGGAUGUCAUGUUAGUGGGAAAAAGUAACACAUAAAUGCAUUAAAAGCAAACCAUAAAAUGGUUAUGUUGGUCAAAAUGACUCCUAUUUUCCUGACUGUCAUUUUAUUCUAUUGAUCUAUUUAAUUCUAUAUGUA